CGCUGCGGGAAGCCCGCUCCAUGAUGCAGGCUCGCUACUCCGUCUCGGACCCCAACGCGCUGGGAGUGGUGCCCUACCUGAGUGAGCAGAACUAUUACCGGACGGCGGGCACGUACGGCGGCAUGGCCAACCCCAUGAGCGUCUACUCGGGCCACGGCGAGCCCUACGCGGCGGGCAUGGGGCGCUCCUACGGGCCUUACCACCCGCACCAGCCCGCCGCCCCCAAGGACCUCGUGAAGCCGCCCUACAGCUACAUCGCCCUCAUCACCAUGGCCAUCCAGAACGCCCCCGACAAGAAGAUCACGCUCAAUGGGAUUUACCAGUUCAUCAUGGACCGCUUCCCCUUCUACCGCGAGAACAAGCAGGGCUGGCAAACAGCAUCCCGCCACAACCUCUCGCUCAACGAGUGCUUCGUCAAGGAGCCCCGCGACGACAGUAAAAAACCCACCGUGGUGCCUACGUUCGGGAGAGGAGCUGCAGUGACGGGUUAUUUCUCUCGGAAAGAGACAGUCCUUGGUGGAGGGAGGAUGAAGGAGGCUCACAAGAGGGUGCUGGAGCCUCUGGAUCAGGCCCUGCCAGCGCUGUAUCCUCCGUGCUCUCGAAGGAGCAGAGACGGUGAUGGCCUCAGAGCUGGUGCUGAAGGGAGCCCGGUUCAGCCGCGACCUUCAGGAAACGCUUUGUGCUUAAUUUCCAUGGCUUUAUACAACACGGACCCCUACCCUUCCAACCCUCCUUUCCCUUUCCCGGGAGCGCUGAUGCUCCGCGGGCAGCGUCUAACGGGGCGCCCCGUCGAGCCACCCGGACCCGGGGAUGCAGCCGACACCUCCCGCCGGAUCGGAAUCCCUCGAGGCCCCGGAUCAGAACUGUUACAUCACAGCGUGCUCUCCCGGCAGGACCCCCCGCAGAAACCCCCCUACAGCUACAUCGCCCUCAUCGCCAUGGCCAUCAAGGAGGCUCCGGAGCAGAAGGGCGGCCCGCGCUGCCGCAGCUUCAGCAUCGAGAGCAUCCUGGCGCACGGGCUGCGGCAGAACCCCGCCGGGGCCGCCCCCAAGGCGGCUCUCGAGGGCCCCGUGGGCUGUUUCGGCGGCUCCCUGGUCGCCGGCGGCAGCUUCGGGCCCGCUUUCAACGCCUCGCUCAUGCUCGACUCCCAGGUGCACGGGAGGCUUUAUCACAUCGGCAUCCCCUUCCUCUCCUGCCUCCCCCUGCACUUCUCCGAAACGGUAUUUAAUUUCCAGUAG